GUGAAAGCGGCUCGUGCAAUCGUGGCAAGCUCCGUCACGUUGCUCCUAAUUAAGACUCUCUGUGCAGGAUGGCGUUCGACGCAAACAAACAUCCGCACACGCGGUAUAACCCUUUGAGGGACGAAUGGGUUCUCGUGUCACCGCAGCGCACACAGAGACCUUGGCUGGGAGAGAAAGCUGAUCAGAAAAAAGCAGAUGUGCCGCUAAACAAUCCGCUAUCACCCGGGGCCGUACGGCCGAACGGCCAGCUGAAUCCCGAAUACAAAGGAACGUGGUGGUUCAUCAACGAUUUCCCAGCGCUGCUCGAAGACUGUCCCCUUCCUCCGACAGACGAUGGAGACGACAACGAACUGUUCCGAAUGGGAACUGGCAGAGGGAGAUGCGAGGUGCUGUGUUUCCAUCCCGAUCCUUCGCUCACAUUGGCUAAAAUGUCCCUUGCGGAUAUAGAAACAGUCAUAAACGCAUGGACAGAACGCUACGCAGAGCUGUCGAAAACGUUCGAAUGGGUGAUGCUCUUCGAAAACCGGGGCGCCAUCAUGGGCAGCUCGAAUCCUCACCCUCACGGGCAGAUCUGGUCAUCGAUGUACUUACCAAACGAGCCCCGGAUCAAGGAUAGAUGCCAGAGGGCAUAUUUUGAGAAGCAUGGACGGCCGCUCCUCGUCGACUAUCUCCAGAGAGAGCUGGCGAAGGACGAGAGGAUAGUAUGUCAGAACGAGAAUUUCGUUGUCCUAGUACCCUUCUGGGCUAUAUGGCCCUACGAGACCAUGCUUCUCCCGAAACGACAUGUUCAGGAGAUCACUGAUUUGACAUCGGUGGAACGGAAAGAUUUAGCCAGAAUUAUGAAAGAACUCUUGAUAAAAUACGACAACUUGUUCGAAACCGAAUUCCCGUAUUCUAUGGGAUGGCACGGCUACAAGGGCGAGCAUUGGCAGCUGCACGCCCUAUAUUUACCUCCGCUCCUCCGCUCAGCGACCAUUAAGAAGCACCAGGUGGGGUAUGAAUUACUGGCGCAAGCCCAACGUGACAUUUCCCCUGAAACCGCGGCGCAAAUCCUUCGCGACUUGGACGGCGGAACUCGCUUCGAAAACCGUGAGGAGGUGGCGAAGUAGCGGAAUACGUACGUCGGAAAUUCCGUCGAAGUGACGCACGACAGCCUGUCACGCCCUAGAUUAUGGCACGCCAGUCUCUUUCGCUGACCGCUGCAGACUUCCACAGAGUGACCUUUGUGGAGGCAGACUGACAUCUCGUGGAUAGAGGGGCACAUUUCCGAGUCGACAGCGGACUCUUUCGUGGAUAAAUAAAGCGGAGGGAACUACCUGGUUCCUAA